AUGCCUCCGCCAAACAACAACGCUGGAGCAACUGAAAUGCCUCAGCAAAACAACAACUCUAGAGCAACUGAAAUGCCUCUGCCAAACAACAACGCUGGAGCAACUGAAAUGCCUCAGCCAAACAACAACGCUGGAGCAACUGAAAUGCCUCCGCCAAACAACAACGAUGGAGCAACUGAAAUGCCUCAGCCAUACAACAACGCUGGAGCAACUGAAAUGCCUCUGCCAAACAACAACGCUGCAGCAAUUGAAUUGGAGGAUCAUGAGACUGACGAAGUUGGAUCAUCACACACACCUUAUCACUCUUGUGUGUGUUUGGUUGUAUGCGCGCUGUUGCGUUUGUCUAUGCCGCUGCUGCUAUGCCCUCCUUGCUGUCCGUUGUGUCCGCCUAUAUUUUGUGUCCUUGCUAUUGUGUGUGUUUGUCUUUAUGCAUAUAUCAUGCUACUAUUUAUAUGGAAAGACAUUGUAAAACAAAUUAAACAUUUAAAAAAUGCAUGUACUACUGCACCAGCUGAAGUGGCUCCGGAAAACAACACCCUUGCAACCCCUGAAGUGGCGGCAAACAACAUCCCUGAAAUGGCUCCGCUUAACAACACCUCUGAAACAGCUGAAGUGCCUCCGCCAAACAACACCCUUGAAACAGCUGAAGUAUCUGCGCCAAACAACAUGCCUCUCCCAAACAAUACCCUUGAAACCCCAAACAACACCCCAGAAACAGUUGAAGUGGCUCCGCCAAACAACACCCCUGAAACACCAAACAACACCCAUGAAACAGCAAAUGUGCCUCAGCCAAACAACAACGCUGGAGCAACUAAAAUGCCUCAGCCAAACAACAACGCUGGAGCAACUGAAAUGCCUCAGCCAAACAACAACGUUGGAGCAACUGUAAUGCCUCCGCCAAACAACAACGCUGGAGCAACUGAAACGCCUCCGCCAAACAACAACGUUGGAGCAACUGAAAUGCCUCAGCCAAACAACAACGCUGGAGCAACUGAAAUGCCUCAGCCAAACAACAACGCUGGAGAAACUGAAAUGCCUCCGCCAAACAACAACGCUGGAGCAACUGAAAUGCCUCCACCAAACAACAACGCUGGAGCAACUGAAAUGCCUCCGCCAAACAACAACGCUGCAGCAACUGAAAUGGCGGAUCAUGAGACUGACGAAGCUGGAUCAUCGCACACAUCUUAUCACUCUGCAACUACUGAAGAGAUACAUUUAUCUAUAUAUUCUAAACAAAUUUCAUAUGAAUGUGUGUUUGGUUGUAUGCGCGUUGUUGCGUUUGUGUAUGUCGCUGCUGAUGUGCCCUCAUUGCUGUGUGUUGGGUCCGCCUACGUUCUCUCUAUCUGGUUCACAGUUGAAUGCAUUGCUGUCAUUUUAAAAAGGAAAGACACUGUACAACAAAUUAAAAAUUUUAAAAAUGCAUGUACUACUGCACCAGCAGGAGUGGCUCCAGAAAACAACACCCUUGCAGCACCUGAAGUUGUGGCAAACAACAUCCCUGAAACAACUGAAAUGGCUCCGCCAAGCAACACCCCCGAAACAGCUGAAAUGCCUCCGCCAAACAACACCCUUGAAACACCAAACAACACCCCUGAAACAGCUGAAGUGUCUGCGCCAAACAACACCCCCGAAACACCAAACAACACCCAUGAAACAGCUGAAGUCCCUCCGCCAAACAACACCCCUGAAACAGCUGAAGCGGCUCCGCCAAACAACACCCCUGAAACACAAAACAACACCCCUGAAACAUCUGAAGUGCCUCUGCCAAACAACACCCGUGAAACAUCAAGCAACACCCAUGAAACAGUUGAAGUGCCUCCGCCAAACAACAUUCCCGAAACCCCAAACAACACCCAUAAAAGAGCUGAAAUGCCUCUGCCAAACAACACCCCUGAAACAGCUGAAGUUGUUCUGCCAAACAACACCCCUGAAACACCAAAUAACACCCUUGAAACAGCAGGAGUGUCUCCGCCAAACAACACCCCUGAAACACCAAACAACACCCAUGAAACAACCGAACUGAAGUGCCUCUGCCAAACAACACCCCCUGAAACACCAAACAACACCCCUGAAACAGCUGAAGUGGUUGUGCCAAACAACACCCCUGAAACACCAAACAACUCCCAUGAAACAGCUGAAGUGCAUCCGCCAAACAACGCCCCUGAAACACCAAACAACACCCCUGAAACACCAAACAACACCCCUGAAACAGUUGAAUUGCCUCCGCCAAACGUUACCCCUGAAACACCAAACACCACCCCUGAACAGCUGAAGUGCCUCCGCCAAAAAAACACCCCUGAAACACCAAACAACACCCAUGAAAUAGUGGAAGUGUCUCCGCCAAACAAUACCCCUGAAACAGCUGAAUUUCCUCCGCCAAACAACACCUCUAAAACACCCAACAACAACCCUGAGACAGCUGAAGUGCCUCCGCCAAACAACAUCCCUGAAACAUCAAGCAACACCCCUAAAACAGCUGAAGUGCCUCCUUCAAACGACACCCCUGAAACAUCAAACAACACCUAUGAAACAGUUGAAGUGCCUCCGCCAAACAACACCCCUGAAACACCAAACAACACCCCUGAAACAGCUGAAGUUGCUCCGCCAAACAACAUCCCUGAAACACCAAACAACACUCCUGAAACAGCUGAUUUGCCUCCGCCAAACAACACCCCAGAAACACCAAACAACACACCUGAAACAGCUGAAGUGCCUGCGUCAAACAACACCCCUGAAACACCAAACAAGACCCAUGAAGCAGCUGAAGUCCCUCCGCAAAACAACACAACUGAAACAGUUGAAGUGGCUCCGCCAAACAACACCCCUGAAACACCAAACAACACCCUUGAAACAGUUAAAGUGCCUCCGCCAAACAACAAACCUGAAACAUCAAACAACACCCAUGAAAUAGCUGAAGUGCCUCCGCCAAAUAACACCCCUGAAACACCAAACAACACCCCUGAAACAGCUGAAGUGGCUCCGCCAAACAACACCUCUGAAACACCAAACAACACCCAUGAAACAGCUGAAGUGCCUCCGCCAAACAACACCCCUGAAACACCAAAUAACACACAUGAAACAUCUGAAGUGCCUCCGCCAAACAACACCCUUGAAACAGCUAAAGUGGCUCUGCCAAACAACACACCUGAAACACCAAACAAUACCCAUGAAACAGCUGAAGUGCCUCCGACAUACAACACCCCUGAAACACACAACAACACCCAUGAAACAACUGAAGUGCCUCCGCCAAACAACACCCUCGAAACACCAAACAACACCCCUGAAACAGCUGAAGUGGCUCCGCCAAACAACACCCCUGAAACAGCUGAAGUGCCUCCGCCAAACAACACCCGUGAAACUCCAAACAACACCCAUGAAACAGCUGAAGUGCCUCUGCCAAACUACACCCCUGAAACACCAAACAACACCCCUUAA